AUGUGGGAACUGCGGGCAGCCUCCUUCUGGAGGGCCAUAUUUGCUGAGUUCUUUGCCACCCUCUUCUAUGUCUUCUUCGGGCUAGGGGCCUCACUGCGUUGGGCCCCUGGACCACUGCAUAUCUUGCAGGUGGCUUUGGCCUUUGGCCUGGCCCUGGCUACACUGGUGCAGGCUGUGGGCCACAUCAGUGGAGCCCAUGUCAAUCCUGCAGUCACUUUCGCCUUCCUUGUGGGCUCCCAGAUGUCCCUGCUCCGUGCCUUGUGCUACAUGGCAGCCCAACUCCUGGGAGCCGUGGCUGGGGCUGCCGUGCUGUACAGUGUUACCCCGACUGCCGUCCGAGGAAACCUAGCACUUAACACGUUGCAUCCUGGGGUGAGUGUGGGCCAGGCCACCAUAGUGGAGAUCUUCCUGACGCUCCAGUUCGUGCUCUGCAUCUUUGCCACAUACGACGAGAGGCGGAAUGGCCGCCUGGGCUCCGUGGCCCUGGCCGUUGGCUUCUCCCUCACCCUGGGGCACCUCUUUGGGAUGUAUUAUACUGGUGCAGGCAUGAACCCUGCCCGCUCCUUUGCUCCUGCCAUUCUUACCAGAAACUUCACCAACCACUGGGUGUACUGGGUGGGCCCAAUCAUUGGAGCAGGCCUGGGCAGUCUCCUUUAUGACUUUCUCCUCUGCCCCCGGCUCAAGAGUGUUUCUGAGAGACUGUCUAUUCUCAAGGGUGCCAGGCCCAGUGAAUCCAAUGGACAACCAGAGGGCACAGGGGAACCUGUUGAACUGAAGACCCAGGCCCUGUGAAAGCUACAGCUGAAUAGAGGGAAUAGGAAGCUUCUGGGUUUACAUGGAGGGGCUGAGCCAGCCCCUGGAUGAAGAAAAAGACUGUGGGGAGGGGCAUGUACUUCUUUAUUUUUAAAUUUAUGUGUGUGUUUUAUUUUUUUGCCUUUUGCCGUGUGAAAUCUUUCAAGUUGCAUUCACGAGCUGUUUGGUGCAAACUUCCCUUCCUCCCCAUCCCACCUCUCUUCGCCGCUGUGUGUGCAUGAUUGUGCGUAUGA